GAACUACAAUUCCCAGAAGGCUGUGCGGUCGAGAGUCUCGGGCGGCCUUCCGAGGGGCUCCGCCAGUUUCAGCUCGGUGGGCUCUGUCCCAGCCGGAUGUAGUGGCCUGACCUGGCAGGAGGGGCGGCCCAGCGGGGGUCGUGCCUCCUGGAGCCGUCCCCAGGACGUGAGUCCUGGAGGAGGCGAGGGUUGUUCCAGUUGUUGAGAAGACUAUGAACAGGUCAGAGAACUUGUUCUUUCCUGGUUCCUCAUUAGCAUCCCAAGUUCAUGCUGCUGCUAUUAAUGGAGAUAAGGGUGCUCUUCACAAGCUUAUCAUAGGAAAUUCUGCCGUUAAAGACAAAGAAGAUCAAUUUGGGAGAACACCACUUAUGUAUUGUGUGUUGGCUGACAGACUGGAUUGUGCAGAUACUCUCCUGAAGGCAGGAGCAGAUGUUAAUAAAACUGACCAUAGCCAGAGAACAGCCCUCCAUCUUGCAGCUCAAAAGGGAAAUUAUCGUUUCAUGAAACUCUUACUUACACGCAGAGCAAACUGGAUGCAGAAGGAUCUAGAAGAAAUGACUCCUUUACACUUGACUACACGGCACAAGAGCCCUAAGUGUUUGGCACUUCUGCUGAAGUUUAUGGCACCAGGAGAAGUGGAUACACAGGAUAAAAACAAGCAAACAGCUCUGCAUUGGAGUGCCUACUACAAUAACCCUGAGCAUGUGAAGCUGCUCAUCAAGCAUGAUUCCAACAUUGGAAUUCCUGAUGUUGAAGGCAAGAUCCCACUUCACUGGGCAGCCAACCACAAAGAUCCGAGUGCUGUUCAUACAGUGCGAUGCAUUCUGGAUGCUGCUCCAACAGAGUCGUUACUGAACUGGCAAGACUAUGAGGGUCGAACACCUCUUCACUUUGCAGUUGCUGAUGGGAACGUGACAGUGGUUGAUGUCCUGACCUCAUACGAAAGCUGCAAUAUAACAUCUUACGAUAACUUAUUUCGAACGCCUCUUCACUGGGCAGCUUUACUAGGCCACGCACAGAUUGUCCAUCUCCUUUUAGAAAGAAAUAAGUCUGGAACCAUCCCAUCUGACAGCCAAGGAGCAACACCCUUGCACUAUGCAGCUCAGAGUAACUUUGCUGAAACAGUUAAAGUGUUUCUAAAACAUCCUUCAGUAAAAGAUGAUUCAGACCUUGAAGGAAGAACAUCCUUUAUGUGGGCUGCUGGGAAAGGCAGUGAUGACGUCCUUAGGACUAUGCUGAGUUUAAAAUCUGACAUUGACAUUAACAUGGCAGACAAGUAUGGAGGUACAGCUUUACAUGCUGCUGCCCUUUCUGGCCAUGUCAGCACCGUGAAGUUAUUAUUGGAAAAUAAUGCUCAAGUAGAUGCUACUGAUGUCAUGAAACAUACUCCACUUUUCCGAGCCUGUGAGAUGGGACACAAAGAUGUGAUUCAGACACUCAUCAAAGGUGGAGCAAGGGUAGAUCUAGUCGACCAAGAUGGACAUUCUCUUCUACACUGGGCAGCGCUGGGAGGAAAUGCUGAUGUCUGCCAGAUAUUGAUAGAAAAUAAGAUCAACCCAAAUGUGCAGGAUUAUGCAGGAAGAACCCCACUGCAGUGCGCUGCAUAUGGGGGAUAUAUCAACUGCAUGGCCGUGCUCAUGGAAAAUAACGCAGACCCUAACAUUCAAGACAAAGAGGGAAGGACAGCUUUGCACUGGUCCUGUAACAAUGGAUACCUUGAUGCCAUUAAAUUACUACUAGACUUUGCUGCUUUCCCUAAUCAGAUGGAAAACAAUGAAGAGAGGUACACUCCCCUCGAUUACGCUUUGCUUGGUGAGCGCCAUGAAGUGAUCCAGUUCAUGUUGGAGCACGGUGCCCUGUCCAUCGCAGCCAUACAGGACAUUGCUGCCUUCAAAAUCCAGGCUGUCUACAAAGGGUACAAGGUCAGAAAAGCUUUCCGAGACCGGAAAAAUCUCCUCAUGAAGCAUGAACAGUUGAGAAAAGAUGCUGCUGCCAAGAAGCGAGAAGAAGAAAAUAGGCGAAGAGAGGCAGAACAGCAGAAGGGAAGGCUGAGCCCAGAUUCCUGCAGACCCCAAGCUCCUCCCUGUCUGCCCAGCACCCAGGCUGAGCCCCGCAGGCAGAGCUGGGCGCCCAGCAAACAGCCUCCCUGCAGCGACAAGGCCCAGGGCCCUGAGCGGAAAGCCUGCAGACGGUCUCCAGGCAGAGGGUCUCCAAGCAGAGCCCCCCAGAAGGAGCAGCAUCUCUCCCCAGACUUGCAGAGAACAGAUCUCGGAAAACCAAAUGAAACAUCCAGAGAACAUUCUAAAGGCCGAUCUGCCUGUGUCCACUUCAGCCCCAGCGAAGGCAGGGAUGGAAACAGGCGUCCAGGAGCCUCCUCUGUUGAGAAGUCCAGAGGUGAGACAGUUGGCGAGCAGCAGUGUGACAAGGGGAAAGGCUCCUUGAAGCAGCUCUCCUGUGUCAGGGCGUCUGGGCCUGCUGAGGAAGGAGAGGACCCCAGUUGGGCAGCUGCAAGCCUUCCACAGCAGGACAGCCACUGGAAGCCCAGCCGGCGGCAGGAUGCAGCACCCAAGGCCAAAUGUGCCUCCCAGAAAAGGCACAGCCAGGAGCUCAGAGGAGGGAGGCGCUCCCCGGCUGGGUCCAGCCGGCCUGGCAGUGCCAAGGGGGAGGCCAUCCAUGCUGGGCAGAGUCCUUUCCACCACCGGAUGCCAAGAAACACAGUAACGCAGGACAAGCUCGCAGGAGGGACCUACUCAGAUUUGCCAUCGAGCACAGAGGUGUUGAGGUCAGGAAUCAGGAAGCUGGGUACAUCCGCCCUGUUGGAGAACACUCAGCUACCUAAGGAGACUGAUCCAGCACCUGGUCCCCUCUCUGGGCAGAGUGUGAAUAUUGACCUUCUCCCCGUAGAGCUGCGGCUGCAGAUAAUCCAGAGAGAAAGAAGCAGGAAAGAGCUGUUUCGCAAAAAGAACAAGGCAGCAGCGGUCAUCCAGCGGGCCUGGAGAAGCUACCAGCUCAGGAAGCACCUGUCCCACCUUCUGCACAUAAAGCAGCUUGGAACCAGAGAUAUGGACAGAUGGAACCGAGAGUACAUGGCUUUGAUCCUCCAGGUUUGGAGGAAGGAACUGGAACUGAAACCCCCAAAGGCCAUGGCAGUAAGCAGAACCACCAAGAGUCCACCCAAGGGCAGCUCAGGCACCAAGCCCACGAGGCACUCAGUGCUCAAGCAGAUCUACGGUUCUCAAGAAGGAAAAGUACAUCAGCCCACAAGAUCUUCAAAAGCCCAUUCUGUGCUGGGUCUCAACUCAGUGAGCAACUUGCAGUGUAUACACCUCCUUGAGAACAGUGGAAGAUCAAAGAAUUUUUCUUAUAACCUGCAAUCAGCUAACCCAUCAAGAAACAAAACAAAGCUUCAACUGCCUAUGGAGGAAGACUGUGCCCGGAGGGGGCGGUUCUAAUAGCUAGUGCAGAAUUCUCUGAUUAGCUUUUACACUUUGGGAAAACUUUAAUAUCCAUGCCUGAAGGCUUAUUAGCCUGAAAAUGUGAUAACAACCAAAAGAAAUGUGUUUUCUUUCUGCUCUCACACAGCACUGUUUUGUAAAUUGUUAGCCAGUGCUGAAAGGACCAGGGUAGACUAUACCUGUGCAAAACUGCCCGUGUGCCUACACGUCCGUGAGGACGGCUGGAGAAGAGUAUUUCUAACAACAACAGUUAAGUCUAAGUAAAACUAAGGAAGUGAGCACUAAAGACGCUGCUGGGUUGGGAUUUCUCCUCAACUGAUGCAAGCCUGUUUGUUGGCUCCAGUGAAGAACCUAAACGAGAUGGGGAAGAGCCUGUCCCACAGCAGAUGCCUUCAGUUCACUACUUUUCUGGAAGCUAAUGCAAUGGACUUCAUUACAGACACCACAUCCUGUUAUUCCAAUAUCAUCAGUUUUAAUUUUUAGACCAAAGUCAUGACCCAGUGUUUUGCUGUUAGACACUGUAAGACUGUAAUAGGUAUACUGCUGAUUGCUUACAUUUUACAGUUGCCGUGUCAGCCUCUGAAGGCCACAGGCUGCUGCCACGUCCUGUGAAUGGCGUUCCUUCUGCUGAGCACCAGCAGUAUCACAGCACCAAGGCCUCAGCUGGGAAGGUCUACAGGCCAGACAUUCAUGCACGGGGUGCCAAUUCAGGCCUUAACCUUCCACUUGUAUUUUCUGCUUGACCUGCAGAGGUGAGCAACCUUGUCAAAAUGCUGUUCCUUUGGCAUGGGAAACUGAACUAUGCAUUCUAGCUCUCUAAGAACACAUGGUUUAAAUAAAAUCCAGUGAUUGUGGGCUUUUUCACAUUUGUUAAGGGCAAAGCUACUAGGAAUGUAGACAGGCAGAGACAAUGGCAUAUUAGGCUCACAAAUAUUUCUAGAACUGCUUGCAUUUUAAGAUUACUGCCACCCCUGUCCUGACAGUAAGAGAUUGGAAGCAAUGAAGUGUUAUUUAAUU